CCCAGAUCAGCCCAGCCCGGCUCAGUUCAGCCCAGCCCAGCCGGGGCUCAGCCACCCCCGCCCGGACCCAGGUGUGAGCUUCAUAUUUUCUCCCUGAAACUAGCUAACAGCUGAAGAGUUCAAGAUGAUUCCUAAUUAUUCUACUGAAGAAACUGUUAAAAGAAUCCACGUGGACUGUCCUGUUUCAGGAAGGCACAGCUACAUCUACAUUAUGGUUCCAACCGUUUACAGCAUCAUCUUCAUCAUAGGCAUAUUUGGGAACAGCCUGGUCGUUAUUGUCAUUUACUGCUACAUGAAACUGAAAACAGUAGCCAGCAUCUUUCUUCUCAACCUGGCACUGGCUGACUUGUGUUUUUUGAUAACUCUGCCCCUCUGGGCAGCCUACACGGCCAUGGAGUACCAGUGGCCUUUUGGCAACUGUUUGUGCAAGUUGGCCUCGGCGGGGAUCAGUUUCAACCUGUACGCCAGCGUGUUCCUGCUCACGUGCCUGAGCAUCGACCGCUACCUGGCCAUCGUGCACCCGGUGCAGUCGCGGAUCCGCCGCACCAUGUUUGUAGCCCGAGUCACCUGCAUCGCCAUCUGGCUCCUGGCCGGUGUGGCCAGCCUGCCCGUCAUCAUCCACCGCAACAUCUUCUUUGCUGAGAACCUGAACAUGACAGUCUGCGGGUUUCGCUACGAAAGCAACAACACGACGCUCCGCGUCGGGUUAGGGUUAUCCAAAAAUUUGCUGGGCUUUUUAAUUCCCUUUCUGAUCAUUUUAACCAGCUACACCUUAAUUUGGAAGACUCUGAAGAAAGCAUAUCAAAUUCAAAAAAAUAAGACUAGGAAUGAUGAUAUUUUUAAGAUGAUUGUGGCAAUUGUAUUUUUCUUUUUCUUUUCCUGGAUUCCUCAUCAAGUGUUCACUUUUCUGGACGUGUUGAUUCAAUUACAUGUAAUAACAGAUUGCAAAAUCACCGAUAUUGUGGAUACAGCUAUGCCCUUCACCAUUUGUAUCGCUUACUUUAACAAUUGUCUGAAUCCUUUUUUUUAUGUUUUUUUUGGAAAAAACUUUAAAAAAUACUUCCUUCAGCUGAUAAAAUACAUCCCACCGAACGUCAGCACACAUCCAAGCCUAACAACCAAAAUGAGCUCCCUCUCCUAUCGGCCACCAGAAAACAUCCGCUUGCACACUAAAAAGACUGCCGGGCCCUUCGACACCAAUUGAGGCGCUUAGCAAAGUUCUUUUUUUUGAACAACCUUGUGUGUGAAGCAGCAAGAAAAACAAGAUUCAUCUGCGGUCCUGAACAUCACUGCUCAUUACAGCAACACUGGAUCACCUCAGAGAAAUCAUACUGUAAAGAGUCAGCAGUGGCCUUUCAUCUUGCAUUGUAAAGAGGACUGCUUCGUUCUCAUUUUGUUUUUCUUUACUGAAAGCAGCGUAAGUGUUGGACAGGUGUGUCAGAGUUCCUGCCAGCAUCCCACCGUUUGCUUGGAACUACAAAAGAAGGGGAGGGAAAACUCCUAACUUAAGUUCACAGGUGUUGCAAAAGGAAAAACUUGUAUAAAUAACAUGAAAUACAAAAAACCUGAGUUGCGUAUACGUGAGCUAUUCUGUUGAAG